AUGGAUGCGUCGGAGGCUUUACAAAAACAUGCGCAGCGACCAGACGAGUACCCGCUUACAGAAGUCACCGUGAACGGUGUCGACUACCUAGCCUUCGGCGACCACGCCUUCAAAAAAGACGCACUGACAAGUCUGGAAGUGUAUCCACACAACGGACAAGAGUUCUAUUCGCUCGAAUCGCUCGUCAUCUUUCUCAAGUACUCAAAUGAGGGUCACGGAUUCUAUGUGAAAGAGGCGGCGGCGGCCAAUGUCAGAGCAGUAACCAGAAUCGAUCGAAAGAACGUCACAAACUUCCUGAAAGGCGAUGGAUCUGAAUUCUCCGGGAAUCUAUCAAUGGAGAGUGGAAUUUCGCUGAAACAACUGACACAAGAAUUCGAGCCGCCAGAAGCCAAAAAGCCACGUCUAGAUGUCGAUGAGGCGACGACGACGGCGCCAGCUGCUGAUCAGAAUGCGCAACCGGAGAAAAAGAAGGAGGAAGUGGAGAUUCGAGCGCUGAAUAACGAUUUGACGAAGGACCGAAUCGCUGAAAUGAGAAGGAAGCGACAGAAGAAUUUGGAGAAGGGAAUUGUUAAUAUUGACGAAUCUCUGUCGACACUCACCUCAGCAUCUCUUCCAAAAACGCGCAUCCACCGUACCCGUGAGAAUGUGAUGUUGGGCGUUCGAGACCUUUCGAACGUUCUCGAAGUCAUUCAAUCCGCCCAACGACAAUGGGAUAUCGAUGAGAAGAAGGAGAAGGUGGCGGCGGUGCAUUCGAUUGCUGGUGGAAGAGAUCAACAGCAGCAGAGAUCCGGAUAUUCCAGAUACGCUCAGGAAGCAUUCGCUCAUGAAAAAACCAAAGAAAUCCAAACGGAAGGCUCGUUCAUCGGAAGUAAUCUCACCGCGCUCAAGCAGGGAAAUUCGGCGCCAAACCCCACAUCACCAUCCGCAUUCCGUCCACCGAUCGCACCGGUCAUCCCGAAACCAACGACGUCAUCUACCCUUGCCACGUCAUCAAGUGGAAAACGGGCGUCUCGAUCGCCGAUCAUCAUCGUUCCGUCGGCGAUGAACACGAUGGUCAAUCUAUACAACGUUCGCGAUAUCCUUCAGAAUUUCCAAUUCGUCUCCGUCGAACAGCGGCGUAAGGAGACAAACAAGAAGCCACAGGAUCUGGCGAUUCAGCGACAGAAGAAUGGAACUACUUACAACAUCCGUGUCAUCGACCAGGCUGAAAAGCUGGGAUCCGACGACUGGGACCGGGUGAUCGGUGUGUUCGUAAUGGGUGUCGGAUGGCAGUUCAAAGGAUGGAAAUGGAACGGAAAUCCGACGGACAUCUUCACCCAUGUGCCGGCGUUCCAUCUGUACUUUGACUCGAACAAACCGUGUCCACAGGUCAUGCAAUGGAACUGUCAAAAAAUCCCGAUAUCGGCGACAAAGCGGCACAUGGACAAGGCGAAAUUCCAGGCGAUAUGGGAGCAAAUCGAGCAUUUCGUCCGCAAACACAAGCCGCACCUGAAUCAGCGACUCGGACUUCAUUAA